AUGAGCCUGAGCGAUUUGCCGGAUGAGGCCCUGCUCGUCAUCCUGAACAAGCUGGACACACGGGAGGCCUUGAGAUGCAGCGUCCUCUCGAGGCGGUGGAGGCGCGUCCCCGGCAUGCUCCCCAACAUCGAGCUGGACGUCGACUCGUUCACGCCCGACCACGACGACGGCUUCACGUCCACGCUAUCCGACGACGCGAGGAACAGCUACGCGAUGGUGAGCGCGGUGCAGAGCCUCCUGUCGCACGAGAGCCGGCACGACAUCCGCCGUCUGGACCUGAGCUUCUUCUCGAGGGACGAGUCCGUCGGCAUCAUCCACGCCAUCGACGACGCCAUGGCCCGUGGCCGCAGGAUCCUCAAAAUGUGUUUUGACGUCGUGUCGGAGAAGUGUUACCUGGAGUGCCCGGACAGGGACAGGGUCAAGCAAGGGAAGCGCCUUCUGUACUGCUUCGACGCCUACCCGCACGUGUUCGCCGGCCUCACCAGCCUACAUCUGGAGUGCAUCACGGUGCAAGGACCAUGCUUCUCCAACGUGAUCACCGCGUGCGAGAAGCUCAGCUACCUCUCACUCGUCUACUGCGACUUCGGUGAGGAGACACCGCUGACGAUCCACCACGAGCACCUCCGCGUGGUGAAGCUCGAGUUCUGCACCUGUGACACCGUCGAGCUGGAGGUGCCAGAUCUGUUGAAGCUGAUGAUGUCCGUCUGGUCAUGGUCACCUCGUCGGUAUCCCUUCGUGUUUGGCCAUGCCCCACGGCUCCAACGGCUAGAGCUAGCUCAUGCUGGUCUAAUUGAUUCCAAAAUGCUCCAACUGAGCAAGCUACUUGACAAUUAUAUGGAUUCUACCUGA